GAAGUUCUCAUCUAUGAUGGGCGGGCACCGGCAAGAGACGACCUUCUACGGCUGGGGUUUGGACGGGGCAGAUCCUGUGGAGCCCAAGGAGAAACCUCCAGGCGAUGAGGAUCCGCCAAAGGAGCGGAGCCGCAGCCCUCCCCGCGACACUGGCGCGAAAGGAGAGCAGCAUACCGACUCCAGCGAGAAUUCCGAGGAACGAAAGCAGAAUCGGGAUACGCCGCACUUUCACUGGACUCGUGGGAUGAAGCUGGGCACUGGAAACUACGUUGUCCGGAAGCAGGUGGGGGAGGGAUCCUUCGGCCGCGUACUGGCAUGCUUAGAGGAAUCCACAAAGCAGAUUGUGGCAGUGAAAGUGGUCAAAGGCGUCGCCCGCUACAAGGAGCAUGCGCAUGCGGAAGCAGAGCUCCUCAGGGAGCUACGCAGAUGCGAUCCGGGCAGACAAAGCUAUUGCGUGAAGCUGCUGGGGGAGUUCACCCAUGCCACGAAUCACUGCUGCUUGGUCUUUGAGCUGUUGGACAAGAGCCUUAGCGACUUCAUGCGAGAAACUGACGACCAGGGGCUGAUGCUCAGAGAUAUCAAGACCAUUGCCUCCCAGAUACUUCAGUGCCUGCACUUUCUGAGCGCAAUGAGUCUUACUCACACGGAUAUCAAAUGCCGAAACGCCAUGCUGAAGGAUUCCAGGGGCGAAAUGGUUCCGCACCCUCGAAAGACAGGGCGCGAAACCAAGAGGCUGCAUCGCUGCGAAGUUCGCGUCAUUGACUUUGGUGGAGCCGUGCUGAAAAAGGAGCGGCACAGCAAGCGAAUCGGGACCAGGCAGUACAGGUCUCCGGAGGUGGUUCUGGGACUUCCUUGGGAUGAGAAGACGGAUGUUUGGAGUCUGGGCUGCAUACUCCUGACUCUCUAUACUGGACAGCGGCCUUUCCCAGUGCAGAACAGCCUGCAGCAUUUGGCCAUCAUGCAGCGGGUGAUUGGAGAGCUGCCAAGGGAGAUGGUGCGAAAUGCUGCAGCAGGUGGCAACUUGCCAGAGGAUGUCUCGGCAGACAGCCAAGGCGUUCUGCAGCUGAACCGCAAGUUCGUCGACGAG